AUGAUAAAGCACUGUUUCAGUAGAGAACUGCUGAGCGGUAGGGCCGUGACUGAGGAAUUCAACUGCUCAGCCAAUAAGAGCGCGCCGUGUCAGCCGGGUUACUUCGCCUGUCAAGAUGGUCGGUGCAUUCCAUUGACUCUGAAAUGCGAUAGAAAACCCGACUGUUUGCAUGCAGAGGACGAGGAAAAUUGCCCACGCACUGACUGUCGGGAAGGCGAGUGGCAGUGCGAGAGUGGCCAAUGCAUCAGCCUGGAGAACCGAUGUGAUCUUGGCUUCCAGUGCUUGGAUAAGUCCGAUGAAAUGAACUGCGAGGACCAUCCAUGUGCCGAGGGUUAUCGUCGCUGCCAGACAGGACAGUGCCUUCUGGAGGAGCUCUGGUGUGACCAUUUCCCCGACUGUUUCGACCACUCCGAUGAAAAGAGCUGUCAUUGGCGCAACUGCACAGAGGCGGAGUUCGCGUGCGCCGACGGACGCCAGUGCAUUCCGAAGUCGAACCGUUGCGUCUUGUCUGACAAUCGAGCGGAAAACUGCGCCGACGAAUCUCAUUUUCUCAAUUGCCGUCACUCGCCCAAAUGCCAACCUGGGAUGUACCGGUGCUUGUCGGGCGUGUGUUUGAACGCAAGCAAGAAAUGUGACAUCAAAGCCGACUGUCCUGGUUCUUGGGACGACGAGGAAGGCUGUCCGUUUGACUGCUCCUACGGUAACAACUGCAGCUGCGUCCACCUCACUGCCAAUUGCUCUGGUCUCGCGCUGUUUAAGUUCCCGUUAAUAGAACACAACAUUCGUCGCAUGAACUGUGCAUUUGGAGUGGAGUUUUAA